GAGUCUCAUGGUAGAAGUCAUAACUCAGGGAGCGAUGGAAGUAAAGCCGGCCCAUGUCAUCAUAGAACAGUUCGAUGAAGUUUAUAAAUGAAUGUCCCAGUGGGCUGAUCACUCUUCAUGAGUUUCAGAGGCAUUUCUGCGACGGAACAGUGGGCAGUGAGUCAGCUGAGUAUGCAGAGCAGAUAUUCCGCACGCUGGACAAUAAUGGGGACGGGGUGGUGGAUUUCAGGGAGUAUGUCAUGGCCAUCAGUUUGCUCAUUGACGGUUCAGCUGUGGAGAAACUGCGCUGGUCAUUCAAGCUUUAUGACAAAGACCGAGACGGGGCCAUAACAAAGAAGGAAAUGCUGGAGAUCAUGCAGGCAGUUAAUAAGAUGAGCGUAGCCGCUGCUUCGACCAAACCCAGCCCACUCACAGCUGAAGAAUGUACCAACAGGAUAUUUGUGAGAUUAGAUAAAGACAAUAACGCCAUCAUCAGUCUGGAGGAGUUCAUAGAGGGAGCGCUGGAUGAUAAUUGGAUCAGAGAGAUGCUGGAAUGUGACCCCAGCACUGUGAAGGUGGAGAGGCCUGCGAGGAGCGACUCUGCUUUGGGGACCCAUGGUUGACCUGUAGUGGCGUUUUCUAUUCACUGGAUGCAGAGAAAUGAUAAAACCGAAAUUUCCAGGAAUCUAUUUACUGUGACAAAUGAUAACGAUGUCUGUUGGGUAACUUCACGAAAGACACAGGAGAUCACAAAAAUAUGAAUACAGUAAUUUAGGUAUAAUAUAUGUCACAAUAUUAAGAGUAUUAAUAUUUAUUUUGUAUCAUCGUUUUGGUUGCAUUUUAUUGUGUUUGUUGAUAUUUUCUUGUGUUUAUUGAGUUUGUCUGUGCCUGAAUGCAUCUCUUUAUAAAAUAAAUUAUACCUUACAACGCACUGAAACUCUAUUUGUCCUUCUUGUAUUAUUGUAUCUAUCCUGCACUUUUGGCCAGAUUAUUUUACACUAUGUGACAAACCCAGAAACAAUUUCUUGGCUGUUGUGCUCGAUGUGUUCUAGAAAGAAUUGUCCUUUAUCUUUAAAAAAAAAACCUUUAAAAGUACUUAUACUUGUAUUGGACUAUUUUUGCAUUGUAGUGGAAGUACUUCGAUUCUUCCACCACUGACACCUACAGACCACCAGGGGUCGCUUGUGCUCGUUUCACACUGACACGCUGGCACCUCCCGGACUUUGAGGAAUUUUGGUGAUUUUCGAGUUUCAGCAAAAAACAUCAUAAAUCUCCCUCGUUAUCUUUUAAUACGAUCGUUCUACAUUAGGAAGCGACUGGCGUUUGUG